ACACAAAGGUGAAAGAGAAAGGGAUUUGGGGAAAAGUAUAAAUGGUUCGGCUACAAGAUAUAGUUCUUCUGCGACAGAAGGGCUUCUAUGAAGUGUUAUGAAGUGGUGAGAAGAGGACACACCAGUGCAUAAAUUUGAGGUGCAAGAGAGGAGCAGUAAAAUCUCUUUUACUACAUACUGACUGCCAGGAAACUUACGUGUAUAAAUUCUCUGUGCUGAGACUACUGCAUCACCUUCAUCUGAGGUUCAUUCAUCUUACAGGAAGAAGUAAUCUGACUGAUACUCUCUUUACACAUUAGGGUUACUUUUUUAUCAAGUCCUUUAACGAAAAUUACAAUGGCAGUUGACACAAGCAUGAUGAUCAGAGAUUUGACAAACAACCCAGAGUUUGAUAAAGAGCUUCUACCAGCUGCUGAGCGUACAGCUUUACUCUACCAUCUGUCUUACCUGUGUUUGGCUCCUUUCCCCAAGUUGGAGAGGAUUCUCAGAGAGCGUGCUGUUGAAACUCAGCUUCUCUUUGGCUCCUCUGAAGUUAUUCUUCUCAAGUGUGGGGCCACAAGUAAAAAUCUGGUUUCCUCGCUGUUACCCCUGCUGAAGCUUGCUGUUAAAACGAAAAAACCCUUGUUGGCUAUUAAGUCACUGGAAAAAGCAAAAGCAUGGAUCACUGAAAUAAUUAAAGGAGUGCAAGACAUAAUAAACAGAUAUGAUACACAAAACAGGAGUGUGGCUUCAUGCACCAGUGAUGUGCUUCAAGAAAAGUCAGAGACAGCAAAAAACAAAGUACAAACCUCUGAGGAGAUCAUGAGUCAUGAGAAGGUAUUAGAAGAGUUUAAGGCGGAAAGAGAGAAAAUAUUGAAGGAUAUAGAAGAAAUUGAGACAAAAAUUCAAGGGAAAAAUGUAGAGCUGCAGAGUCACGUCAGCAAUGUUUGUAAAAAAAGUAAAGGGCUAAGUAUUAUGGCCUCAAUUCUGCCAUUUAUCGGGCCUCUUAUAAAAUCCAUUGUUGAUACUGCAACUGGACCUGGUGAAACUGCUAAAACCCAAGCCCUCACCAAUGAGUUGUCUCAGUUCUCUUCUGAGAAGUCAGCUCUAAGAAACAAAGAGUGGAACAUCCAAGUGAAGAUGACUGAUCUUCAGCUGAAGUUGGCAACUUUAAAAAUACAAGAUGGUACAAUUCCUGACCCUGUCCAUCUGGGGGAGGUCCAAACGUGCCUUACUCAGAUCCAAAACAUUUUAAUUCAGCUUCAGAAGUUCUGGCAAUCAGUGGAGGUACUUCUGGAGUCCCUCAAAAAGGACACCUUUGUUGCAGAGGACACGAUUGAGGAAGACAUGAGUGAUGAAAUAAAGGACUUCUUUAUAACCUCUAUUGACAAUGCAGAGGAGUUCUGGAAGGAGUUUGGCCAAAGCUGUCUGAGAGCAAAGGAGAUCUUUAGAUUGCAGACUAAAGAUGCAUAUAAGUUCCUGGAGUUCACCCCUUCCCCUGGAUCAGAAGAGUGGAAACAAGAGUAUGACACUGUCAUGCAGAAGCUAAAAGAAAUAAGCCCUCAACCCAUCUGCAGUGUAAAAGAUGAAUAGCUGAGUUAAAACUGAAAAAAAAAACCGCAUUACGAUACGAUGCAUUAAGAAUGAGGCUGUCUCAACAUUUCAUAUAUCAACAACUUAAAUUUGUUUCUCAUUUUGCCAAUAAAGUUGUCUAAACCACCCAACUGAAACUUUAUUCUUUUUUCUUAAUUUUUGUUUAUUAAAUUAUUUACACAAGACUAAAUAAAUCA